AUGAAGCAACAACAACCCGACACCCGACCCAACCAAUUUACUUCUAUGUCCAGGCAAAACUACGACAAAUCUUUAGGCAUAUCAGCAAGACCAACAACUUUAACAUGUCCAAUAGAUAACCAAGUUCACUACGUUGGAAAAUGUCCGGACUUUUUGAAAUUUCCCGUAGAUCAACUGGCAGAGCUGGUGAAGCAACAUAAGCUGUGCUUCAACUGCUUAGGCCAACACAGAUUUAGUGAAUGCACAUGGUCUAAGCGAUGUUUCAUCAACAACUGCGGAGGGAAACACCAUUCAACUCUACACAUCGACAAAAAACCGUUUCAAACGCACAACCAAAAAUCAAAUAUCGUGCAGCUUGGCACUACAGUAACCAAGCCCUCAGAACAAGCUGAGGAUCCAAUCCAAAAUAUGAACAACAUCAGAAAUCAGUUACAAUUUAUGCCGGUAGCACUGUUUAACAAUGGCAUCGAACUAGAUUGCUACGCCAUACUCGACAACUGCAGCAGCUGCUCAUAUAUCCUCAGCAAAACAGCUGAAACACUUCAGUGCAAACCAAGCCAACAACUACAGCUUAGCAUACGAGGUGCUUUCAGUAAGGACAAAGUGUCUUCCUCGCUGGUCCGGCUUAGUAUCGGACCACAUAACGCUACAAAACCUACUUUCACCCUACAAUCAGUCUAUUCAGUUGAAGCUCUGAAUUUUGACGCUAUCGACGCAAAGAACCUUAACAAAACGUGCUCACUCUACAAUCACCUUCGACAUGUCAACUUUUCUGAACUAGGCGACAACACAGUUCAAAUUUUGCUUGGCGUAGAUGCUUUCUGGAAUAUUGCGGAGCGCGAUAUCAGAAAAGGUCCUACAGGCACCCCCUACGCUGUAAAAAACCUACUAGGUUGGACGAUCACUGGCCCACUCAACCAGAAAUCUAAUAGUUCCGGAUCAAAUUCACACUCAACUAACUUCAUUGACUUAAAUGAUCAAGAAGGCGCUAAUCUCACUGAAUUAGUGGAAAAUUUCUGGAAAGUGGAAGGAUCAGGCUUCGAGGAAGAUAACAAAGCUACAUACUCUGAUAAAAACAAACGACAACUAAGAUUUAUGGAAAAAAGUAUUGAGCACGAUGGAGAUCGCUACAAAAUAAAUCUACUCUGGAAAAACGAAAUAAAAUUGCCAAACAAUUAUCCGGUAGCUAAAGCUCAACUGCUAUCGCUACAAAAAUGGCUCAGAAAAGACCCUGAAACCAAGCAGUUCAAUGAGAAAUCGCUUAAUACCGACCUGGAAAAUAACUACGUCAAGCCCGUUACUUUCCAAUACCCACAACCUGAAUUACUUUGGUACCUCCCACAUCACCCUGUAACUAAUCCAAACAAGCCCGGAAAGGUACGCAGAGUGGCCAACGCUGCCUCAACCUACAAGGGCGUCUUGCUGAAACUGGACCUGACCUCCUGA